ACUCGCCGCGGCAGUCACGUGGCGUGCGACCCGGAGGUGGAACGGGUCGGCGCCGCGCAGCCCUCGGCUCCCGGAGCACAGACGACCCGCCGGGCCUGCGGCGACCGUGCGCCCCCGCGCCCACCCGACCAUGCGGGCACCGCGCUCCUGCACCCCCCUGCUCACGCUGCUGGCCGCGCUGCUGGCCACGCCCAGGGCCCUGGCAGAGGCCCCGCACCUCGUGCUCGUGGACGCGGCCCGCGCUCUGCGGCCCCUGCGGCCCUUCUGGAGGAGCACCGGCUUCUGCCCCCCACUUCCUCACAGCCAGGCUGACCAGUAUGACCUCAGCUGGGACCAGCAGCUUAACUUGGCCUAUGUGGGUGCUGUCCCUCAUGGUGGCAUUGAGCAGGUCCGGACCCACUGGCUGCUGGAGCUCAUCACAGCCAGGGGAUCAGCUGGGCAAGGUCUGAGCUACAACUUCACCCAUCUGGAUCGGUACCUGGAUCUUCUCAGGGAGAACCAGCUCCUCCCAGGCUUUGAGCUGAUGGGCAGCCCCUCCAAACGCUUCACCAACUUCGAGGACAAGAAGCAGGUGUUUGAGUGGAAGGAGCUGGUCUCUCUCGUGGCCAGGAGAUACAUUGGUCGGUAUGGACUCUCACAUGUUUCCAAGUGGAAUUUCGAGACAUGGAAUGAGCCAGACCACCACGACUUUGACAACGUGUCCAUGACCAUGCAAGGCUUCCUGAACUACUACGACGCCUGCUCCGAGGGUCUGCGGGCUGCCAGCCCUGCUCUGCGCCUCGGCGGCCCCGGGGACUCCUUCCACCCCUGGCCUCGAUCCCCGCUCUGCUGGGGCCUCCUGGGGCACUGUCACAACGGCACCAACUUCUUCACGGGGGAGUCGGGUGUGCGGCUGGACUACAUCUCCCUCCACAAAAAGGGUGCCGGCAGCUCCAUCUACAUCCUGGAGCAGGAGAAGGCCACGGUGCAACAGAUAAAACAGCUCUUCCCCAAGUUUGCUGACACCCCCAUUUACAACGAUGAGGCGGACCCACUGGUGGGCUGGUCCCUGCCGCAGCCUUGGAGGGCUGACGUGACCUAUGCGGCCAUGGUGGUAAAGGUCAUCGCACAGCACCAGAACCUGCUGCUGGCCAACACCAGCUCGGCCAUGCGCUAUGCGCUCCUGAGCAACGACAACGCUUUCUUGAGUUACCACCCGCACUACUUCACGCAGCGCACGCUCACUGCGCGUUUCCAGGUCAACAACACGCGGCCGCCGCACGUGCAGCUCCUGCGCAAGCCAGUGCUCACCGCCAUGGCGCUGCUGGCCCUGCUGGACCGCCAGCAGCUCUGGGCUGAGGUGUCGCAAGCCGGGACCGUGCUGGACAGCAACCACACAGUGGGCGUGCUAGCCAGCGCCCACAGACCCAGUGGCCCCCUUGAUGCCUGGCGCGCCACGGUGCUGAUCUAUGCAAGUGACGACACGCGCACCCACGCCAACCGCAGCGUCGCCUUGACCCUGCGCCUGAGCGGGGUGCCUCCCGGCCCGGGGCUUGUCUACGUCACGCUGUACUUGGACAACGAGCUCUGCAGUCCACAUGGCGAGUGGCAGCGUCUCGGCCAGCCGGUCUUCCCCUCCACAGAGGAAUUCCGGCGCAUGCGCGCAGCUGAGGACCCGGUGGCUGUGGCGCCACAGCUCUUCCCUGCCAGCGGCCGCCUGACCCUUCGCCCGGAGCUCCAGCUGCCCUCACUCCUGCUGGUGCACGUGUGCGCGCGCCCUGAGAAGCCACCAGGCCAGGUGACCCGGCUCCGUGCUCUGCCUUUGACCAGUGGGCAGGUGCUUUUGGUCUGGUCGGAUGAGCAUGUGGGCUCCAAGUGCCUGUGGACCUAUGAGAUCCAGUUCUCCACGGAUGGUGAGAUGUACGCCCCUGUCAGCAGCAAGCCGUCGACCUUCAACCUCUUUGUGUUCAGCCCAGACACCGCCGUCACCUCUGGCUUCUACCGGGUUCGAGCCGUGGACUACUGGGCCCGACCAGGCCCUUUCUCAAACCUUGUGCACUAUGUGGAAGUCCCUGCCCUAUGAAGCCCUCCCCACCUGGUGACUGUGAACGUGUGCUGACUCCGCAGCCUGGGGUGCCGGGAGCUGAGAUGGGUUGGACCACCAGUGGCCCAUCCGUCGGCUCUAUCUGUCCUCUCCUGUCCUCUUGCUCAUCCCCUUACAGUGCCUUUCCACUGGUCAGUCUUGGGGUUACCCUUUGUGGCCAGGCCCAGGGUACACUUGGAACCUGGCUAGAGCAGGGCCUUCCCCAAGUCCCUCCUCUUCAGAGUGUUCUCCCACCGAGGGAGCUAGGACAGGGCGCUGGCCAGGCACGUGGAGACUGAGGUCCGGCUGCCAUUAGGAUAGCUCUCCUGUUUCCCUGGGGCCUUUGGCCUCAUUGCUGGGUGCAGUGGGCUCCAUUGCUGUCCCAUGUCCAUUCUGCUGAGCGAGAGGGGGCCUGCCGGGGUCAGCUUGGAGCCCAGAUGAGGACCCACUCCUUGAGGCCCAGGCAGGCUGACCCCUGCACUCCACGUGGUGGGAGGUGGGGUGGGGCUUCCAGGUUGUCAGACCCCAACCACGGCCAGCAGGAAAAAAGGCCCACAAUGUCAGCUGCAAGCUGUGCCUGCUCCUGGGGCCAUCCUGGUUCCAUAUCUGAGCCCAGAAGGAGACAGAUGGCAUGUUGAGAUGAAGAACACUGGGGGCUCUUCACAGAUAAGUGACAGUGGGCAGGGAUGCUGCACGGGGAAGUGUGGGACCCAGGAUCCCUCCGCCUCCUACCUCCUACCCCAGGGCCACAGAGCAGGUGAGGGAGCACUCACUGGUCCACACAGAGAGGUAUGGAGAGGCCACCUGGUGAGGAGCAGAGACCUUCAGCCCAGGGGUGCAGCAAGUCUGGGGUGCCCUGUGAGCAAGAGUUGAGGUGUGAGGCCCUGAUCCCACUCUCCUCCUCUACUGCCCUCUGGGGCUACCUGGGCUUUGGUCAGGGGGAGGUGAUGUGGGUCUGAAAGGGCGGAUCGAAGACCAGGCCUGCUCACCCUCCCUGGCUUCCCCCAACCUGCCAGCUGCCCAUCCACAUGAAAAACUCAAGGACUCACCAAGGUCUCACCAAGUGCCUUAUUGCGGGUAGGAGAAGUCACCUUGAUCACUCUUCAUCUGAACCCCAUAGUCAGCCCCUGUUCCUUUUCCUCUUUGCCAGUGUGGGUACCAUGGAGCUCAGUGCCAGGGGGCCCAGCCCUUAUGUUCCCUGCUGACCGCCAUUAGUUUACAGGGAGCAGAGUGGGGGCCGGGUGGGUCCCUGGCUUCCUGGUGUGUUCCUCUUGCCCUGUCAUGCAGCUCUGUCUCAGCCAGCUCAGGCCGUCAUGACAAAGUAGAGCAAACCACCGACCCCAAAGCUCCAGCUACAGAAGUGUGUUCUCUCCGAGGCCCAGAGGCCAGAAGUCUGCGAUCAAGGUGUGGGCUCAGCUGGAUCCUUCCAUGGCCUCUCUCCCAGGCUCGGGCUCACCCACGGCGGCCUUCUCCCCACCUUCUGUGUCCUGUUGCCCUCUCCUGGGGAUGCCAGUCCUGUGGGAGUACUGCCCACUCUCAGGACCUCAUUUUCCUCACCUUAAAGGCUCCUUCUCCAAAUACAAUCCUGUGCGGAGGCACUAGAAAUUAGAACUUCAACACAAGAAUUUGCAGGGGUGGGGGGGUUACAGUUCAGCUCCUAAUAAGUACGGACUCCAUUUCUCCAUGGUGGUGGGGAUCCAUCAUUCCAGCAGUAAAGCAGCCUCUUCUCUA